GACGCUCGUGCACAGCAUCGCAUUGGACGCCGAGGCAGGAAGGUGUGAGCGCGUGGAGCUCCUGUAAAUGUGUUGCUGCUAGUUCAGUCAUCGCGAGUCACCUGCCGUCAUUGUGUUUCCCUCAACAUGGAGUUGCUGGAGUAGUCUGGCACAUGACGAAGUGGAACCGUUGCUUUUUUCAAGCCAAAGGACUAUCUACCUCACUGACUUAGCAAACAAUUUGAAUAGCCCAAGAAUCAGGAUACGUCGUUAUUUAUGCUUAUUUAUAUUUAUUUAUAACCCGCGCGAUUCCUAUCUAAAUUGCACUGAAUUUUGCGCCCAAAUGCUUCUACAUCAGUUCAUGAAUGGGACGUUGGAAACGAUGUAUCCCAGUAUUCAGAAAGACACGACUUUCACGAAGAUCUUCGUCGGAGGUUUGCCGUACCACACCACGGACGCGUCGCUCCGCAAGUACUUCGAGACUUUCGGCGACAUCGAUGAAGCGGUGGUGAUAACGGACCGACAAACGGGGAAAUCCAGAGGAUAUGGCUUUGUCACUAUGAUGGAUAAAAGUGCAGCCGAGAGAGCUUGUAAAGAUCCAAACCCUAUUAUUGAUGGACGCAAAGCUAAUGUAAACCUGGCAUACCUUGGAGCCAAACCGCGCAGUCCGCUGACAGGAUACUCAACAGGAGUACAGCAGGUUCACCCAGCCCUGAUCCAGAGGCAGUAUGGGCUCAGCCAGCCGUAUGUUUACCCUCAGGCCUUCCUUCAGCCCAGUUUGGUUCUUCCUACUCAGGUCACCUCCACAGCAACGACCCCUUACCUUGACUUCAGCACUGCCUACGCCCAGUACGCCUCCUCUGGCUUCGAGCAGUACCCAUACGCCCCCUCACCGGGCUUCCUGAGCUACGUCUACCCUCCAGGCACGCCUGGCCCCUCCUCUGCUACUUCUACCCCGGUUCCCACCCCCCUCUCGGUCGGAGCCCCUCCCAGCGCCGCCUACAUCCAACUCCCUCCUCAUCAGCUGCACACAGACCGCCUGUAGAACGGAAACCAAGGACGACCGAGUACGCUGAAAUUGCACUAGAACAUCAUCAAUAUGGGACAGGGAUUUGUGACAUCAUCAGCCUGUGACCGGGGGGAGGGGCCUAAAUACUGAGGUGUCAUACAAAAGGGCUUCGAGUUGUUAUUCUUUUUCUUGCGAUCCCUCAGUUUAAAGACUUUUCUCUGACUGGUUACUGUUAUUAUUAUUAACGAUUUUACGAUCGCCAUUGUAAGUAGUAGAUUGUUAACUGAUAUUAGACGAUUGAGUAACUGGUGAAAUUGAAUUGCAGAUCCAUCAAGUGAAUGAUAAAUUAUAGGUCAUAGACAGGUUGACAAGAGUGACCCCGAGGACUAUUUGGACACUUGAACUGCACUGUUAAAUGUCUGAAUAUUAUUACAUUAGAUAACAAACCAAGAUCUUUGUUUGAUUUAUAUGGCAAAAGAAUAAAUAUACUGUGCGAAUGUAGUUGUCAGACCUCACCGAAGUCUUUUUGAGGAAGUUGCGCAACAUCCCUCCCCGAGUGCAUUUCAUUUUUUAAUGGUUGAUGAUUGGCUCUUGUAACUGGAAGGCGGGACUAAAGUGGCGUUUGCGAUCUCCCCCAUUCAUAUCAAUACCAGUGACGCAUCGUGUUAAUAUUAAAUAUUUUCUUCAUUCGUUUUGAAAAAAGGUCAAGCACCAUUUGUUUCCAGAUGCCACUUGAUUAAUAUUUUAUACAUUUUUAGUGAGUCCUAAGUGUCCAAAUAUGCUUUGGGGCCGUGUUUAUAAGAAUAAGCACUCAUUCGAGCAGGUAUUUUUUAUAUCUGUGUUGAGAGAAACACUGCAAAGAAGCUUCUGCAGGAAUAUCUGUUAAGCACAAAGCCUUAGAGAUUUCACUGUUUCCUUCCUUUAUAUAGCUGUUUUUAUGAUACAACUGUGGUUGACUAAAAUGAUAAGACUUUUUAAACUCACUUUUUCUAAGAAUAGAUCACAUUUCAGAAAUGUAGCAUUGUAUUUCUGCUUAUCUCUGUGUCCUGCUUUAGUCUGUGUCAUUCCUGUUACUGUCGUACAUUCGUCUUUUAAGGAAUCGUUCUGUUAUUUACUCACCCUUAUCCCGGUUCAAACCAGUUUGCUGCUGUCUUUUCCAUGAAACACAAAAGGAGAGGUGUCUUUAUGAAUCUCUUUGCAUACAUUAGGAAUGUAUAUGUUAAUAGAAGAUUCAUAAGUGAAUCCUUUUGGUUUUUUUUCAUUGAAAAAAUGGCUGCACACAGAUUUGAAAUAUGAUAAUGAGUGAAAUAACAUUUUUGGGCAAACUCCAACUUCUAUUAAGUUUCCUAGCGAAGUAGUUUCAUGUAGACUGUGAUAAUGUUAAUUUAAGAUUAGAUUUGAGAGGCACUGAAGCAUCCCUGUGAUUAUAAAUAUAAGGAUGUAUACAUUGAAACUUUGAGUAUUAAUCAUAUUUUCUAAUUCAGUCUCAUUCGUGACCUUUUUAGAUCGUGUUUUAGCCAAUCUGUUGAAAGGACAAAAUAAGUAUUGUGCUGUUUAAAUGGCACACGAAUGUGAGUCUAGCCUCAGUAGGUAGGUUGUCAUUGGUUUCGCUCUAUGAAUGACACUACGGAUCAAAAUGCCAGCAGGAACAUAUAAGGCAGAACGUACAGGAGGGAGACUUGCACACGAAUGGACAUUUUUGCCAGGACAAUCUGUUUGUUUUCCUAUGAACAGUGUUGUCAUUAAUGUGCCCUGAGACAAUUUCAAUAGCUCAAAAUAUGAAAAUACUUUACCGUGAAAGCCAUAAGACCAGAACAUGCAAAACCAGUAAUAAAGUCAUUUGCAAGA